GCUACUGGGCCAGUGAGGACAGCUUUUCCUUUUGAAGCGGUUUUGCACCUAGUUCCGCCUGAGUUGUCGGUUCAUCAGCGGUCACGCACGGGCGGGAGGAGGAGUCGCGCCGGCGACAGGGACAGCAGCGACGGCGGCGGAGACAGCAGGAGCGGUGGUGCUGUCAGUUAGGCCGUCGGAGAAAUGGGAGACCCGGGGCCGGAGGUGAGUAGUCGAGCGUUGGGCCUGGCGUUCUCAGGGUCGAGCCACGAAGAGUUUCGUGUUUUCUGCGGUCUGAGGCCUAAGUGCUCGGCCGCGGCCUCGGGGCGAUACCUCUUGGGCGUCUUGGGUCGAGCCCAGCUUUCGGGCCUGAUAAUAGAAUCUGCCCCUCCAACUGGGCCUGAGGCAUCUGAAUCAACAACAGAGGAAAAUGAAGAUGACAUUCAGUUUGUUAGUGAAGGACCAUCGAGACCUGUUCUUGAAUAUAUUGAUUUGGUCUGUGGUGAUGAUGAAGAGCCUAGCACCUAUCAUACUGAUAUUCCGUUCUCUAAAAUGUCAAAACGACAGGGUGAUUUUUUACAUUUUUUAAAUAUGAAGAAGGUGAAGAUGGAAACAGAAAGUAACAAUAGGAACAAAAAUCAUCGUGGAUUGUCUAAAUCAAAGGAACCAAAUUCUGAACAACCAAUCAUUGAAGAAAAGCCAUUGUGUUCAUUAAAAGAAGAAAUAGACAAUCUUGUGCUUCCAGAUUGUUGGAGUGAAAAACAAGCAUUUAUGUUUACAGAACAGUAUAAAUGGCUUGAAAUAAAAGAAGGUAAAUUAGGAUGUAAGGAUUGUUCAACAGUUCGACAUUUGGGAUCGAAAGCAGAAAAGCAUGUCCAUGUGUCCAAGGAGUGGAUUGCAUAUUUAGUAACCCCUAAUGGUAGCAAUAAAACUACUAGGCAAGCUUCUCUGCGAAAAAAAAUUAGGGAACAUGAUGUUUCUAAAGCCCAUGGUAAAAUUCAGGAUUUGUUAAAGGAAUCAGUUAAUGAUUCAAUUUCUAAUUUGGUACAUAAACAGAAUAAUAAAAAUAUUGAUGCUACCAUAAAAGUUUUUAAUACUGUUUACAGUUUAGUAAAACAUAACAGACCUUUAUCCGAUAUUGAGGGGGCAAUAGAAUUACAAGAAAAAAAUGGAGAGGUCAAUUGUUUAAAUACACGCUACAGUGCAACAAGAAUAGCAGAACAUAUUGCAAAAGAAAUGAAGAUGAAGAUAUUUAAGAAUAUUAUAGAAGAGAAUGCCAAAAUCUGUAUCAUAAUUGAUGAGGCAUCUACAGUUUCUCAAAAAAAAAGCACCCUAGUGAUUUAUCUCCAGUGCACAGUUCAGUCAGCUCCUACACCUGUUAUGUUAUUUGUUGCUUUAAAAGAAUUGGUGUCAACCACAGCAGAGUGUAUUUUCAAUACAUUAUUGACUACUUUAAAUUAUUGUGGCUUUACAAAUGAAUAUUUGAAAGCAAAUCUAAUUGCAUUUUGUUCUGAUGGUGCUAAUACAAUACUGGGAAGAAAGUCUGGAGUAGCUACAAAGUUGUUAGAAUAUUUUCCUGAAAUCAUCAUUUGGAACUGUUUAAACCAUCGAUUGCAAUUGUCACUUGAUGAUUCAAUAUCUGAAAUAAAACAAAUUAAUCAUUUUAAAAUAUUUCUUGAUAAAAUUUAUUCUAUUUAUCAUCAACCUAAUAUAAAUCAAACCAAGCUUUUAGGAACUGUAGCUAAAGAACUUGAAAUUGAAAUUAUUAAAAUUGGUCGGGUAAUGGGACCAAAAUGGGCAGCAUGUAGUUUGCAGGCUGCUACUGCUGUAUGGCGUGCAUAUCCUGCAUUAUAUGUGCAUUUUUCUCAUUCUUAUUCUGGUUUGGCAAAGAGAUUAGCUAACAUUAAUUUCUUACGAGACCUUGCUUUAAUGAUUGACAUUCUUGAAGAAUUUUCACUCCUUUCGACUGCAUUACAGUCAAGAUCAACUAACAUUCAGAAAGCACAAAAAUUGAUCAAACGUACCAUUAAAGCUUUGGAAAAUUUAAAAAUUGGCACUGGAAAAUAUGAAUCUCAAAUUGAAGAAUUGAUUAAGUCAGAUAAGUUUAAAGAUAUUCCAUUUAAUAAAAAUAAUAAAUUUAAUGCUCUUCCUAGGAAUAUGUUACUAGAAAAUAUUAUUCAGCACAUGAACUUACGCCUUUUAUCUGACAGACACCAUGUUGAUGAAAGUAUUCUUAAUUAUUUUGAUUUGCUAGAACCUUCUACGUGGCCUUAUGAAGAAAUAACUUCACCAUGGAUAGCUGGUGAAAAAAAAUUAUCUCAUUUGUGUGAAAUUUUAAAAUACGAAAUCAAUUUGAAUGAUUUUCGGGAAUUUGUAAAUAAUAAUAUAAAAUCAAACAACGUUUCAAUUCCUACAACUAUCCAAAAAGCUAAAAAGAUAGUUAGCACUAUUGCAAUCAAUAGUGCUGAAGCUGAAAGAGGUUUCAAUUUAAUGAACAUAAUUUGUACAAGGGUGAGAAAUAGUUUAACAAUAGAUCACAUAUCAGAUUUAAUGACAAUAAAUUUAUUGGGGAAAGAGUUAGCAGAUUGGGAUGCAACUCCAUUUGUAAAAUCUUGGUCAAAUUGCAACCAUAGGUUGGCUACAGACACAAGAGUUCGGCAGAAAUCAACAAAAGCCUUCUGUGAGAAUCAAUUGGCUAUAUGGAACUUACAAUAAAGAGUAUUAUAUAUGUUUUUAUCAUCUGUAAAUUGUGUACCACAUAUCCUUUAUAUACAUAGAGGUUUUUUGUAGGGGGGAAGCCACUUAAACUUUUAUCAGCUUGUUGCUGUUUAAAAGGUAUUCUCUAUAGAGAUAAAAUUGAUGAUUGGUUUUGGGAACUAUAAUUUUUUAGAGAUUGGCCCAUGUCUGCUGGAAUGGGUCAUAAUAUACUAAGAAGUUCUGUACAGAACAUCCAACCAUUUCCACUUUUGUACUAUUUUACUUCAAGGAUGCGAAAAAAUAACAUGACUCAGAUCUAAGUUCCUAAGUUCUGGAGGUUAU